UUUGAGUCACUUCCACUUUUCUGCAAUUGAGUAUUUCCAAUUUCUGUUACAUUACACUUCCACUACAUUUUACAGACAAGUAUUUUUCACUCCACUACAUUUGCGUACUGAAUCUGAGUCAAAAAUCUGAGUCAAUUUGAGUUUCUUUCUAUCCGGCAGUCGGAUAAAAAGAAACAAAAAUCGGUACUUGGUCAACGCAUAGUAUACAGUAUAUACAGUAAAUAAAUAUAAAUAUAUUCAUCAAUUACAUUCCAGAGGAAAAGCUGACAUCUCACCAAAGUCAUUAAGAUUUAUCUAAUUGGGACAAUUAAUUGGGACAACAUGCCAUUACAUGUUAUACAACAUGUAAUGGCAAUCCAUCUAAUAGUUGAUAUUUCAAUGUAGACCAAGGUGCCAUCCUACUCAUGUCAAGACUAUAAAGGCAGUAAAGAAGAUUUAUGAAUCUGCAUUGACAUGAAACCAACAUUUGGGAAAUUUAAUACAAUGUACAGUAUAUUCUAUUUCUUUUGUCCAUGUGUGUAUUCUCUAAUGGAAUAUGUGGAAUAUGUGUGUUUUUGUUUCUCUCCGGCAGAAUGCGGGAACGGGGCCCUUGCAUUUGUGGAGUAGGUGUGUGGAGUUUGCUACUGUCCCUCUGUCUGGCCUCCCUCACACAUGCACACAGGAGCCACACAGUGCAUGUAAAGGCAGGGACAUGUGAGGUGAUCGCUGCCCAUCGCUGCUGCAACAAGAACAAGAUCGAGGAGAGAUCUCAGACUGUCAAAUGUUCCUGCUUCCCUGGACAGGUUGCUGGCACCACCCGGGCCAUGCCCUCCUGUGUUGAUGCCUCCAUUGUAGCCCAGAAGUGGUGGUGUCAGAUGCAGCCAUGUAUGGACGGUGAGGAGUGUAAGGUUCUUCCAGACCUCACAGGAUGGAGCUGCAGCACAGGCAACAAAGUCAAGACAACAAAGGUGACCCGAUAGUCCUGUUUCAAGAGGAGCAGGAAAACAUAGUGGAGUUACUUACACAGCACAAUGGACCUACUGUUCCAGUGGUGAGGAAACACACUCAGAUGGACUUGUACUAGGAACCAGUAAUUGUUUCAUUAUUCUGAGGAUACGGUGGCCGAAGAGAAAGGACUCUGACACUGUCUUCCAUCACCUUAAACACAACUGAGAAUCCUUGGUUCUUUACCACAGAGGACUGCAUCACCCACAAUCCUUUACUGCUACUACAAACAACAACUUCAAAAAAACUUCUUUACAACAAUCUGUAUUCUUCAUCUCUCUUCUAUGGCUUAGCUGUGUUCCAUACUGGGAAUAAAGGGGAUUUGGAUUUUAGGCAACUGUCCCUCAUUACAAAUGUUACUAUGAAAAAGAAAAAAACAAAAAGAAGGAGUGGAUCCAGAAUGACUGUCUCAUGUAGUCUGGAUGACACGUUUAAAUUUAACUGUGCCACAUAUGACACACCUGAUGCUGUCAAAAUGUUUUCUCGGAUCUGAGACCUUUUUCUUUUUUUCAGAUUUCACCUCCAUGAAAAUAUUUUACCUUGAAAAGUUUGUGGCUUACCACAUGCCAUUUUUUAAAAAUGGGGAGACAGUUUGUCAGUCUUCUUUUUUUCUUUUGUUUUUCUUUGACAAGGACAAAAUCCUUUCAGGGGUGAGGUUAGACUAAUACCAAGUAGAUGUUAUGGUAUAUUGAAACAUGUAAACGUGUAAAAAAUGGUCCAUGGAAUCAACGGGGCUAAAAAUAAAUUGACGCUCUAAUGGUUUUAAUAUCUGUGUUUUUAAACGCCUGUUAACCGCUAUUGAGUACAUGUGUCAGUAUUAUAUGAAAUGAAUAAAACCUUUCAAAAGAAAAGUUGAACGUCUGGAUUUUUAUGUCAGUCCUACAAUUUAAUCUUGUACUGCGGACUCACAGUAUGCUACACAUUAUACAGGGCUCAAAUAACUCAGAAGAAUAACACCAGCGGACUGCUUCACAGUGGAUGCAUGGAGCUGAAAGCAUUGUUGGUAACAACAACUUGAAUCAAUUUCUCAAGAAACCUUGAAGCGAUAGGAAACUCAGAAUCACAAAUGUGGAAGUACUGGUGUUAACGUGUUCGCUCCAAGAUAUG